GGUCGCGCUAUCAAGCCAGUCCGGCGCUGACCAGCGAAGCUACCAGUUAAUUUAUAAACACAAAAUAUUCAUAAUGAACAUCGCCUUAGUAGUUUUUGUAGUCGCCCUGUCGGCCAUUUACGUGGACAGCAAGGAUCUGAUAGUGGGCACCAGUUUUAACAACAGACUGCUAUGGCAGGAGAAAGCCGAAUAUAAUGCCAUCCCGCUUAAGAAGAGAGUUAAGGAGGUGUUUUUCUCUGAUCCUGGACAGCAGAUAAUUAAGGGUAUCAUCGCUCGCGACCUUGACCACACGGAGGCGAUACCCAGCGUCACCGCGGGCGGCGUCGGCUUUUCGUACGCCAACAUCAGACUCAAGUCCGAACGCGGCUCCGGCCUCAACUACCAGAUUGAGAUCUACGUCUAACGCGAGAUUACAUAGCUACCUCACAUACGAGAUCAGAGAUUACGUUUAACUAUGAAACGCGUCUAUGUUUUUAUUAUCUAAAAGAUUACAUAAAAAAGAUUAAACUUGAUCAUCUAAAAGGACUAUUUAAGCCAAAGUUUAAUUCAUAUUCAGAAUUGUUUAUUCAAUUAAAAAUCCUCGCGAAGUAUAA